CCCCAGGCUCUUGCCUUUGCACUUACGUUCAUUUUCCACCAGCACGAACUUGCUCCGGCGCCACGGCAGCAUCUCCGCUCCGGCCUCUCACGGCUCCGCUAAUCCCGGAUCAGAAACAGCCCACCCCCCCCCGCCACCCCAACCCGCAAAAUCUGAACGCGGGGGUGUCCCCACACACACACACCCCGCCCAGAGGGUGCAGCCCCUACCCCGGGAUGCGGCUGCCGUGUCCCCGAUGCCGUGCGGUCCAGGGAGGAUGCGGGGAUGCUCGGCCGAGGAGCCGCCGCGCUCCGGCUGCCGCCUGCGCCUGAUGCUGCUGCGGGAGCGGCUCUCCGUGGGCUGCUCCACCUCCCCGAGCACGCGGGGAGCCGCCGAUGAACGUCCCCCACCGGCUCCUUGGAUGCGCGCUCGCUCCCUGCUCCGGCAGGGAUACAGAGGUGGGGGGAAAAUAACACCCUCUCUUCACGCAGCAGCCAUGCUCCUAAAUGCCCAAAUUCCCUGAUUUCUAAUCCCGGGGAGGACGAUUUUAGGGAGGGUCAGAUGAUGGUUUCUGACCCUGGCAUGAUAAAAUGGAUUUUUUUCCCCCCAUAUCUGUCGCCGGGAUUUGAGGAUCCUGCAGGUUUGCUGGCAUUUUUUUUCCUCCAAACCACCUCCCUUCGGCUUUUUGCCUGGUUUUCCCAAGCCAGCCAGACCUCCUUGCUGCUCCUCUUCCUUUUGGACUGAGCUGGCUUUUAACCUGUUGCUUUUAUCUCUGGCCAAGGCCCCAGGACAACUUCCCUCCAGGGAAUAUGAAGUGUUAUUUCCCCACAGUGCAGCCUGAGGGAGAUUUUUGGGGAGCGCUGUGAGAUUUCAGUCCUGCAUCAGAAUCUGAAGCUGCUCAGGAUUCAGCUGCUUUGGCUCAAACCCUGAUUUCCACGGUUUUUUUGCUAUCUGGGGCUUCUUAUAGAUGCAGCAGGGAGACCCCCCCAGGCUUGGGGAUGCUCCAGCUGCUUUGAGAUGGAAAAAUAAUGGGGAGAAAGGAGGAGAAAUUACACUGUGUACCCCACUUUUAGCCCAUUUGGGGAGGUAAACCAGAGCAGGGUGUUGCAGGGAGCAGGAAGCCAUUUCCCAGCAGCUUCCCAGAUUUUCUACGGUUUGAGUGAAGCAAACACAACCUUAAAAUAGCUGCUUUGCAGGCAGACAGCACCAGCCCUGCUCCUCUCACUGCCAUGGCCUCGACAGCCUCGGAGGUUUUCACAGCCAAAAUAAUAAAAAAUGUAUGAAUUUGUCUGUUUUUCAGCUUUUCUGCUGCAAACACGCGGUGUGGGGUUUGAUCCCGGUGCAAGGAUGGUUUUGGGGAGGUGGCAAUUAGGGAAUUAGUGCACAUUAGCAAGGUUUCCAUCCAUGCCAGCCUCUAUCCUUCAUUACUUCUGCUGUCACCCUCACUGACAGAGGGGGAAACAACCUGGAUUUGCACUUUGAAAGCUGAGAAAAAGGAUUGAGGGCUGUCAGUCCCUCCUCUCACUGCCUGUUGCCUUGACUGACUGCCCUUGCAAGUACCCGGCUCUCAUCAUUACAUUCCAGAGUGAACAAGCACCCACACAGUGCGAGGAAAGUGGGUUUCCUGGUUAUUCUCUGGACAAUACAGAUCCCAGCUUUGGUUUCUUGGGUUGCCUGUGGCAGUCUCACUGCCCCGUGCUCCCUUCUCAGCUCCCAGAGUUUCUAUGCCAGCAGAAACCACUGCCAAUUUGGAUGCCGCUUCUCAGGAGUGACCCAGGACCAAGAUUUGCUGGCAUAACCUGCAGCCGCUUCCCGGUGGGAGCUGCGCUGCUCACGGCGGGUGGGGAGAUCUUCUCCGGGUGCAACGUGGAGAACGCCUGCUACAGCCUGGGGAUGUGUGCUGAGCGAGCUGCCAUCCAAAAAGCCAUCUCGGAGGGGCACACCAGCUUCAAGGCCAUGGCCAUCGCCAGUGACAUGGGGGACUUCAUCACACCCUGCGGCGCCUGCAGACAAGUGAUGAGAGAGUUUGGCACGGACUGGGAUGUCUACCUGACCAAAGCAGAUGGCACCUACAUUGUCAAGAGGCUGGAGGAGCUGCUGCCACUCUCCUUUGGCCCUGAGGACCUGAAGAAGGUGUGACCAGCAUGGCCACCACCAUCCUUUGCCCCUGGGGCAGCACAGGAGGAUGGUUUUCCCCAGUUUCCUCGGUGUGUAACUGGCUUUUUGGGGAAGACACAAUUGGAAAUGCAUUUGUAGUGCUGUUCCUCUCAUCUUCUGAUUCAGUGUUGAUUCACAGGCACUGGCUCCACCUCCCCCCGAGGAAACAACAAAAUCGAAUCACAGAAAUUCCCUGUUAUUAGUAAAAAAAUGUCCAGAUAUCCCUGUAGCCAAGGAAAGAGUUGAGUUUGAUGCAUGGCUCAAGUUCGGGCUUGUUGAUACAGAAACAACUCCUAAAUAAUGCAAAAUCAUUGCUUGGGAAAAUUCUGGAUUCUUCAGCUCUGAAGAGAGGUGAAAGCCAAAAGGAAAAGCUCCAUCAGCCCCAGCAGCAAUUAAUGAGCCAGUCCAGAUUAGGUGGAUUGCUGGGAUGGGAUGGUUAUUGCACUGAGCGUGUCCUUUGCUCGUUUCUCUCCAGCUUGUUUUCCUUGCUUUUGUUCCAUUUAUGGGGGAGAAGAGAAUGAAGAAUUUUUGAUUGCUUCUGCAGAGUUUUGUGCCUCCAGAGUAGUGCCAUUUGCUGAUUGUACUAUUGAUUUAACUAUGCACAAUGACAAAUGAAUGUGUGAUAUUUCCCACCCAAUGCUGGGUUGGGCAUUUCAGCCCAUGCCCAAGCCAAAUAAAAGCUGUUCUGGUUUA